UGUCUGUAGGUGGUGAAGCCUCGAUGGGGACACUUUUGUUUUUAUGCUAAUAUUUUCUUUUACAAACUGCGGCGCUUUUGUCAACGCUCAGGUUUAUAUUGGGGGGAAUGAUGACAACAUGUAUCUGUGGUUGAGGAAGCUGCCGUGUUCCUGAAGAGCCUCUUGAGAUCGUCUAAGCCUCUGCUAUGAGUUGUUUGGAUGUUAUGUAUCAUCAGAGUUAUGGAGCUCAUCACUACUUGCCCGCGACAUCAGCAGCAGCGGCUUACAAAGCGGCAUAUUACCAGCACCAGCAGCAGCAGCAGCAGCAGCAGCACCAGCAGCAGCAGCAGCAACAGAAGAAGUUCAGUGACUACAGCAGGAUGCAGGAUUCUGGGGAGUUUCCCUCUCACUGUGGCCAGAGUAAGCAGUCUGGAGCGCUGAAGCCCCGUCCUGAGCCUGAGCUUCCACGAGAGGAGGAGCAGAGCGCUGACGAAGAAGAGCGCUGCAAGGAGACGCAGCCCGCCGAGGCUGAGUACUUGAGUGCCAGGUGUGUGGUGUUCACCUAUUUCCGUGGAGACAUCGGGGAUGUGGUGGACGAGCAUUUCUCACGUGCGUUGAGCCAGCCCAGCACCUUCAGCAAUGAUGCCAAGACCAGGAGACUUCACUCUGGAGGACCAUGGAAAGAAGGAAACUCCCACUCCGAGGGUCAACAUUUACCGUCGUCCCUGUGGGGUAGCGGCUACCCAUCUCAGACCUCCUCUCACCCUGCCUUCCACCCUGCAGACACUGGUCUCUGGAGCAGCCACAGCCUCACGCAGACUGGCCUGCCCCCUCCCUCUGCUCUCCCUGACUCUUGGCACUACGGCCUGGGAGCGCAGGGUGGAGCGGGAUACCCUCACGUACACGAGAUGUACCCUCACAUGCACCUCCGUCACCCACACCCGCACUCCCAUGCCCACGCCCACCACGUGCUCCAUCACGCCCACAACCCCGCUCUGGACCCGCGCUUCAGCCCGCUUCUGCUGCCCGGUGUGAGAGCGUCUUGCAGCCCGACGUCCUGCGCAGACGGAAUCAAAACUGAGCUGGAACCGAGUAGCAUCCCAGCACCAAGCUGGCCCGCUUCUUUCCAUGGGUCAGUGGACAUCUAUCAUGAUACAGAAGGAAACUCCCACUCCGAGGGUCAACAUUUACCGUCGUCCCUGUGGGGUAGCGGCUACCCAUCUCAGACCUCCUCUCACCCUGCCUUCCACCCUGCAGACACUGGUCUCUGGAGCAGCCACAGCCUCACGCAGACUGGCCUGCCCCCUCCCUCUGCUCUCCCUGACUCUUGGCACUACGGCCUGGGAGCGCAGGGUGGAGCGGGAUACCCUCACGUACACGAGAUGUACCCUCACAUGCACCUCCGUCACCCACACCCGCACUCCCAUGCCCACGCCCACCACGUGCUCCAUCACGCCCACAACCCCGCUCUGGACCCGCGCUUCAGCCCGCUUCUGCUGCCCGGUGUGAGAGCGUCUUGCAGCCCGACGUCCUGCGCAGACGGAAUCAAAACUGAGCUGGAACCGAGUAGCAUCCCAGCACCAAGCUGGCCCGCUUCUUUCCAUGGGUCAGUGGACAUCUAUCAUGAUACAGCGCUUGAGCAAGACAAAGCGAAGGCCAGUGUUUGGUUCUGAUUCAGAGAAGAUUCACUGGACUCCAUGCCUGAGACGGGACCACUUCUGCAGCUGAGGCCCACAGCACUGCGUGUGGAUUCCUUCCUCACAGGACUUUCAUGGGACCUAUUCAGGGGAACAUCAGUCUCUAUCAGUGAGACAAGCACAAAAACUGCUUUGGGGAAAACUAGUGUUUUUGUAUAAAUAUCAUCCUGUCUGAGCUUGUGCCCGCUCAUGGACAGAGAUCCAGUUCAGGACGCUUUUGUAAAGAGCUGUGGACCCCAAAUGAAGUUUAAGAGGUAUAUCUCCCUCUUUCUUUACACAAAGGAGGUUUUCU